AUGUGCCCGCACAUGACUAUUUGUAAGGUAGUCAACCCCCUGGCCUGUGUGGUGCCCACCUCCAUGCAGCUCCAGGAUGUGGCAGCAGUUGCAGAUGGAACCGAUGGCGGAGGUGGCGAAUUUGUAUGCUGUUCACGGGUUUCCACGUGCCUUGUUCGGCCACGGCCUUGUGUCGGCGCCCUCCGGCCGGCCACGUUCCGGGACAAAAAAGCGCAUCUAAACACAUUGGACAAUCCAGUAUUGUGGCACCUUGAACGACUUGUACGGCGAUGUGCGGAAGCUGCGGCACCUCCAAGGGCCGCUGGCGACGGCGCUGAAGCACAGCAGCCCGCUGCUUCAUUGGGGCCGUGUGGGGAAUGUCAUGCUGCCACUUCCGUUGCCAGUACGGCACUCCGAAAACAGCUCCGAAAACAGCUAUUGCUGCACGUCAUGGCUAUCAAGUUGCAUUUGCAAACCCUUACGAAACCUGGUAUCACGUCUCGAGGUGCAGCGGCGCCGCUACCGCUAGAGCUGUUGCUGCUAUUGCGGUGCCACGCGACCCCUCGCGGUGUCAUGGGGUACAGCAUGGUGGUGGAUGCACGGGGUUUCGGAGCGCAGCUACAGCUGGUUCCGGCGGAGCAAGAUCCGGACCUAAGUCAUCCGGAUCCGGAUCUAGCUUGCCAACUGAGGGCGCCCAAGCAGCCAGGCAUUCGGGGUUUCGGCGCGGCUUCACGGCUAAAACUGGAACGGCCAGCAGGGGACCGGUUUUGCGGCGCUGGGCUCGAGACCGUCGCGUCUUUCCGUGAAUCUUCUGUUUUGGAUGGAGCAGGGAGUCUGGGCAUUGUGGGUCGCGGGAUAACCGUUGUGCCAAAGCCAUUGCUGGAGCAGGCCGUACGGGACAUCGUUUCAAAGGACAGAGAAGGUGGACGAGAUUUGGGCGGGUGUUGUUAUCCUGAUUGA